CCGCGUCCUCCGGGCACACACACGCACUCCCCUCAGCGGCGCGCUCCCGCCUCCUCCUGCUGCGCGCGCACCCUCCCCCUGUGCCGCCGCUCGCGGAGGCUGCUGGGAUCGCUCGCCGCCUUGGUAAUGUCCGCCAUGUUUGCCAUGGCGCAGGGAGCGGAUCGAGCCAACAAAAGCCGGAUCUAGGCACGACCAACCGCCGCCCGGAGCGCCUUUAUCCGCCCCUCAGCGCGCCCGGGGGCCCCAUGAGCCGGCAGGGGGACACAGACCGCGGAUUGGGGGGGUCCUGCUGACCGAAAAUUUUAAGGGUUUUUUUUUUAUAUAUUUUUUUUUUUAUUCCUCGGGCCCCCCCCCCUCUCCGGCCACCAUGAGUAAACUGUCCUUCCGAGCGCGGGCCCUGGAUGCUACCAAGCCGCUGCCCAUCUACCGGGGCAAGGACAUGCCCGACCUCAAUGACUGCGUGUCCAUUAACCGGGCCGUGCCGCAGAUGCCCACGGGGAUGGAGAAGGAGGAGGAAUCGGAACAUCAUUUACAACGAGCUAUCUCGGCACAACAGGUUUUUAGAGAAAAGAAAGAAAGCAUGGUUAUUCCCGUUCCUGAGGCUGAGAGCAAUGUCCACUACUACAGUCGCCUGUACAAAGGAGAAUUUAAACAGCCCAAGCAGUUCAUUCACAUUCAACCAUUUAAUCUGGACAAUGAGCAGCCAGAUUAUGAUAUGGACUCUGAAGAUGAGACAUUAAUUAAUCGGCUCAACAGGAAAAUGGAACUUAAACCACUGCAGUUUGAAAUUAUGAUUGACCGUCUGGAAAAGGCAAGCUCCAAUCAGCUUGUCACUCUUCAGGAAGCAAAGUUGCUGCUAAACGAAGAUGAUUACCUUAUCAAAUCUGUGUAUGACUACUGGGUAAGAAAACGGAAAAACUGCAGGGGGCCAUCCCUCAUUCCCCUAAUCAAACAAGAGAAACGUGACGGAUCUACGAACAGCGAUCCGUAUGUCGCAUUCCGGCGUAGAACUGAGAAGAUGCAAACCCGAAAGAAUCGUAAGAAUGAUGAAGCAUCUUACGAGAAGAUGUUGAAGUUACGAAGGGAGUUUAGCCGAGCCAUAACCAUUUUAGAAAUGAUCAAACGAAGAGAAAAGACGAAGCGGGAAUUGCUGCAUUUAACGUUGGAAGUAGUGGAGAAGAGGUAUAAUUUGGGUGACUUUGGUGGUGAAAUAUUGAAUGAAAUUAAAAUUCCGAAAAUUGAGAAGGAAGCCCAUACUAUUCCGACAUUACUACACAAUGGGAACCAUCAUAGAGUUCCAGAAUGCAAAGCAAAGAAUAUUCAUCACCCAUCUGUCAAAGAAGAAACGUUGGAUAUUGUCCGGCUAAAAAAGAAGUACCCAAAGAAGCCAAAAGCAGAAUUGGUUGCGACACCUCUGCCCCUACCCGCCUCCGAGCCAUCGCCAGUAAUUAACAAGAGUGAUCUCAAACAAUAUGACUUUCACAGUUCUGACGAUGAAGAGUUCCCACAGGUACCUUCACCGGUGUCUGAGAUGGAGGAAGACGAUGACCCCGAUGGCCCCUUUGCCUUCAGGAGAAGAACUGGAUGCCAGUAUUAUGCACCACGAUUGGACCAAAUGGAGGAUACUUCAGAAAACACAGAUCUGUCAUCAUUGGCUAGAUUUCGGUAUAGGCAUUGCCUCACCACUCUCACAAUUCCCCGAAGAUGUAUAGGUUUCGCAAGGAGACGGCUUGGCCGAGGUGGAAGGGUUAUAAUGGACAGACUAUCCACACCCCAUGACCCCAUCCUAACGCAGUUGGACCCGGAAAUGUUGUCUAGUUCUUCAAGCUCUUCCCAAGUUGCACAGCCCCCUCCCGAUUACUCACGGACCAAUGCUUCCGAUAGACAUUGUGAAAACAGACUUUCUCUUUCUGAGAUCCUAAGCAAUAUUAGGUCGCGUCGACUGCAGUGUUUCCAGCCAAGACGAAUACCUUUUCCAGACAAUGAUAGUGAAGAAUGUACCUCAAGGAUAGUAGGACAUGCUGUGAGCAUUAAACGAGCCACUUUACUGAACACCAGCAAGAACGGACUGACAGUUACGGGAGGCAUCACAGAGGAGCAGUUCCAGACUCAUCAACAGCAGUUGGUGCAAAUGCAAAGACAGCAGUUGGCUCAGCUACAACAGAAACAGCAGUCCCAGCAGUCGUCGCAGCAGAUACAUCCAAAAGCACAGGGCUCUGGAAAUUCUGACUGCAUGUCCAAGACACUGGACUCGGCUAGCGCCCAUUUUGCUGCAUCCGCUGUGGUCCAUUCACCAGCGCCGGGCCGCAGUGAAGUGACCAAGGAUCAAAGUACAGGCCACAGCAACCUGAACGGUGUUGUCCAACCUCCAGGAGGAAACGCUAAGACGCUGUACUCCACAAACGUGGCGCUAUCAUCCAGCCCUGGAAUCUCUACCGUUCAGCUUGUACGGACAGUCGGACAUCCCACCACUAACCACUUAAUCCCAACCUUAUGCACAAGUACACCCCAGAACCUUCCUAUGAGUAAUUCCUGCCUAACGAACACCGUUCACCUCAACAAUGUCAGUGUUGUGUCACCUGUCAAUGUGCAUAUCAACACAAGGACUUCUGCUCCAUCUCCCACAGCCUUAAAACUCGCCACAGUCGCUGCCAGCAUGGACCGGGUGCCAAAGGUUACUCCAAGCAGUGCCAUCAGCAGCAUAGCCAGAGAGAACCACGAGCCGGAAAGGUUGGGUUUGAAUGGAAUUGCGGACACAACAGUAGCAAUGGAGGUGACAUAACUUCAAAGAAUAGACUUUGCCUGACUGUUCAGGCUUUACUUUUCCACCGAAAAUGCAAAGCGCUAUUCUCUGCGGAUCAGAGCGCGCUAACAUGGACCUAACCACAGACUGUGUAUGGGACAUCUUCCCAUUCCACUCUAUGUAUAUUUUGUAAAAUUGGAUAAAAUCACUACCUUGUAAAAUAGUUUAUUUGUAUCAUCCAUAUUAUUUCUGUUACUUGAAUAGUUGAUAUUCAUCAUCAUGCUUUUGCACUUGAAUUUGCAACUGAAUGGAUAUAAAAAAAAGAAAAAACAAAUCUUUAAUGGGAUCAUGAGCAUGAAAUGGGGUCCUGCAUCACUUGUUUUAACUAUUUAUUUUGCCAUGUUUACAUUUUGUAUCUUGUACAAAUAAAUCCAACUUUGUGUCUGAAGCAAACGUCAAAAUGGGCCCAUUUCCUGUACACAGAGGAGCUGCCGUUUGGUUUUCUUUUGUUUUUGUUUUAUUUUUUUUGUUUGUGACUAAGCCAAUAGCCUGUCGGCUCAUGCAUUGGUGAUGUCACAUGUCUCUAGUGAACUGAUUGGUAGCUUACCUCUUAUUGGCUCAGCCUGCAAAAUGGCCGCUUCUUGCUGUGUAUAGCUAAGCGGCCCAGCUUAAACCUUCAUAGCUAGGAAAUAAUAAAACCCUCUUUGUAAAAAAAAUAUUUUUUUCUAAAAUGACACUUUCAUAUAUUUUUUUUUUUUUAAGAAUUUGACAUUCCCAACCCCUCUCAUCCCCUUUUUUUAUUUGUAAUACUCAGCACUUCGUUGUCGGAUACAAAGUUUGAGGCAAAAAUAGUAUUUUCAUUUACCAGGGAGGAGGGGGAGGGGAGGGAUUAAUGCAUACAAAAUAUAAUAUAGACACUCGCUCUUUUCCAUAUAUUUUGAAUGUACAUUUCUAUUUAUAAUUCCGGUUUAUAAGAGUAACAAAGUCUAUUGAAGGAAAGAAGCAUUUGGCACCUGAGCUGCUUGGAUAUUUCCAUUUUAUCUUAAAGAAACGCCUAUUUUAUUCCUCCCUCAGACUUUAAUGAAGGAUUCUGGUGAGCGCUGUCUGGAUAUGAAAUGUUUCGUACAUUAGUAUAAAUUGUAACAAAAUUGGUGUCCAGUGGUUUUUGUAUAUGGGCGUGGAGAGAAGUCACAACGAAGAAUCGAAGUGAGAAAUGAAUUGAUCUCACACCUGAAGAAGUAUAGUAUCCAGCCUGGAAAUAUAAUACGAACUUGAUGAGUCAAACCCUUUUAGCCGACUCCAAAGUUGCGUGAUUUUCACUGCAGCUUUGUAGUCCAACUGUGAAGUGACUCUGAGACUUUUACACUCUCUGGCAUUGAAGUUGUGUCAAAGUUGGAUCAAAAUAGUGCUGGAACCUUUUCUGAAGUCACAGCGACUUAAGUAGUGUCAAUUGGAAUGGUUCUCAAAGAUGCAUGGCAUUCCACAUGUUCUUUCAGUUUGGGUCUCAAAGUCAGAUCUUAAGAAUCUGUUCACACUGCUGCAACAUGGAAUCCAACUUGAGACCCCAAGUCACAGGACAUGUGAGAUCCAAUGUUUAGUCAAUGAGGGCUGUCCUUAUUAACACUAAUGAAGUCGCUUUAAAGUGGGUGUAAACCCACUUUAA